AUGACCCACGACCACGAUUUAGUGUUGUACUAUUGGAUUUGGCAGAAGAAGCACGAAAGUAGAAUGAAUGCCGUACAAGGUGAUCUAUUCGGCGGGUUAAACGACGGGCUUCUAAGUCGGGCUGAGGCACUAGCAGCGGUGGACAUCAGCAAGCACCAGUCGGGGCCCCAGCCAGGACCUCCACUGCCACAGCUCAAACAUGAUAUGGUCUACCACCACGGUGUAGGGGGCCCACCACCACAUAACGCCAGGCCGCAUCAGCCCUUCUUUUCGCAGAUGGGCCAUCACGGCAUGGAGGGCCUUGACAUGCUGGACCCACUCACCUCCUCGUCGAUGACAACGCUGACACCGAUGGGCGAGGCGGCGCCGCCUCACCACCAACUGCAUGGCUAUGGCGCCAUGAACCACGUCAUGAACCACCACCACCAUGCUGGCGGGCUAGGCCACGCGCCUCCCGCGCAUCUAGGCCACCCCGCAGCGGCCCUGCACGCCGACACCGACACCGACCCUAGAGAACUCGAAGCCUUCGCCGAGAGGUUCAAACAGCGACGAAUCAAAUUGGGAGUUACUCAAGCGGACGUCGGCAAAGCUCUGGCCAACCUCAAAUUGCCAGGAGUGGGAGCUUUGUCGCAGAGCACCAUCUGCCGUUUCGAAAGUCUCACGCUCAGUCACAACAACAUGAUAGCUCUCAAACCAAUCUUGCAAGCGUGGCUCGAAGAAGCGGAAGCGCAGGCCAAGAACAAAAGACGGGACCCGGAUGCACCCAGUGUGCUGCCUGCUGGUGAGAAGAAACGCAAGAGAACAUCCAUUGCAGCACCGGAAAAGAGAAGUUUAGAAGCGUACUUUGCAGUGCAGCCCAGACCCUCCGGCGAGAAAAUUGCGGCGAUCGCGGAAAAACUAGACUUGAAGAAGAACGUGGUGCGAGUAUGGUUCUGCAACCAGCGGCAAAAACAGAAGCGUAUGAAGUUCGCUGCGCAACACUGACCGACGGGCGGCGGCGCGGCUCUUCUGUACCCGGGU